AUGAUUUCACUGCCUCUGUUUUCACUGGUGCUUCCGCUUGCUUCUGCGUUCAACUUUGGGAGCAUUGCCUAUAGCAACCACUUUGGUCUGCUGGGCACCAACGCUUCCUUUGACUAUGUAGUAGUCGGUUCGGGCCCCGGAGGCAUGACGAUGGCUGUCAGGCUGGCAGAAGCAAACAACUCUGUGGCCCUCGUCGAAGCCGGAGGGUUCUAUGAGAACGAAGGUGGCAAUAGGACGCUGGUACCCGGCUACUAUGGGGAGAACCUUGGAAAUGUGGGAACAAACUGGAACUUCAUGACCAAAGUCCAACCACAACUAUACAACCAGACAGUCCGAUAUGACCGUGGAAGAACAUUGGGCGGUACCAGUGCGUUGAACGCCAUGCUGUACCAGCGAGGUACAAAGGGUACACACGCCGCAUGGGCUAGAGCAGUGAACGAUAUUGCCUACGAUUGGGACGCUUUCCUGCCAUACUUUCAGAAAAGCGCGAAUUUCACUCCUCCAGACAUGUCCAUACGAGCAGCCAACGGUUCUGUGCCAGCUCCGGGUCCCGACGCCUACAGCGCAGAAGGAGGCCCGCUCCAUGUCACUCACACGAAAUGGGCAUCGCCUUUUUCUUCGUGGGGUCAGUUGGCUCUGCGAGAGAUGGGCCUGGCUGACAUCCAGGACUUCGAUAGCGGUGAUCUCAUCGGUGCACAGUAUUGCCCACUGACAGUAAACCCGGACGAUUCGACCCGUGCUAGCAGCGAGGCAACCUUUCUGCGAAGCUACCUCAACACCGCUCGCUCUCACUUGCAAGUCUACCCACACACACUGGCGCAAAAAGUCUUGUUCAACCACGAAAAGACUGCAACUGGUGUUCAGGUUGAGAGUUACGGACAGACAUACUACUUGCACGCCGCUAAGGAGGUCAUCGUCUCGGCAGGCGCCUUUCAAAGUCCUCAGCUCUUGAUGGUUUCUGGCAUUGGUCCUGAGAGUGAACUUGCUGAACACAACAUCACUACGGUCUCAAAUCUCCCAGGAGUUGGCAAGAACAUGGAGGACCACAUUCUGAUUGGCGUUAACUAUCUCGUCGAUAUCACCACGAGCGCAGUUCUGCAGAACAACACGAUUGCACAGGUCUACGAGAACAUGUACCGAGAAAACGGAUCCGGUCUUCUGGCCAACACCGGCGCCGAUUAUCUCGGAUGGGAGAAGCUGCCGGAGAAAUACAGAGCAAACAUGUCCGCAACCACGCUCGAAGCUCUGGAUAAGUACCCUACAGAUUGGCCCGACUUCGAGUUCGUGGUCGGUAGCUUCCCCAACACGCAAGUGCUGGACCCAACACUCAAUUACGCUUUUAUUCUAACCGCUCUCAUCACGCCGCAAUCCAAGGGUACCAUCUCGCUAAACUCCACUGAUAUGUCAGUCGCUCCUAUCAUCGAUGUGGGUUGGCUGACCAAUCCGAUCGAUGUGGAGAUGGCCAUGGCAGCUGUGCGUCGCGGGCGUGAGUUCUGGGCUACGGAUGCUAUCCAGCCCAUUGUUUUGGGAGAAGAAGCACAUCCUACGAAGAACACUACUACUGAUGCUGAGUUGGAGGAGUACGUCCGUAAAGGAGUCACGACCGUUUACCACGCAUCUUGCACUUGCGCUAUGGGUACGAGCGACAACCCUAUGGCGGUCGUCGACUCGAAAGCUCGAGUAUUUGGUGUGAAGGGGCUUCGUGUAGUCGAUGCAUCUUCAUUCCCAUUCUUGCCACCUGGACAUCCUCAAUCAUCUGUUUACGCGCUCGGCGAAAAAAUAGCAGACGAUGUCAUUCAAGGACGAUAG